ACGGCGAUCGGUCGGAUUAGUCGCCGGAGUAUUUGCGGUCAAGCAUGUUCGGGACGUAAUUUUGCCGCGUGUCUCUCUGUCGUCUCGAAUCCGAAAGCUUCCCCCUCUUCCCCCUACCUACCCCUCUCCGAACCAUCUGUCACCGUCUCUGGAUGCGUGUAUACAUUGGGCGUGUUGUGAAAAAUUUGUAAAUAGUUAUAAUCAGAAUCGGUAUAUCCUGUUUAUGAUGCCGUACUACAAUAGUGGUCAUAGCCCUGCUUAUAACAAAGAUGGCGGUUCCAGCGGGCCGUCAAGCACUUCUGGCGGUCGUGCCAGCAGUUCGGAGCCGACGUAUAUGAUGGAGCACUUGGCCACAUUCACCGUCACGAAAGAAACCGGUAUUGUUUAUCCGGCGGAUGGUAUGCGCCGGCUUUUACAAUUGGAGAAAAGCAAUGGCAUCUGGAGUCAAAAAAUGCAGCUUCGUCUGGAACGAAACUGGGUUCUUAUCAUGGACAACGAAACAGGGGCUGUCAUGGAACGAUUCCCGGUUUCCUUGAUACAGGAACCGACGGCGUUCACAUCGAGGGAUCCCAUGGAGAUGUACAAUAAUAUUUUAGUCUUCACGGUGGCCGAUGACAGCGGUUCCGGCCAGCGAGCAGAGAUGCACAUAUUCCAGUGUCAGAGUGUAUCGGCACAGGAUCUUGUCGAGGACCUGAAGAUGUUGCAAAUGGGAAAACUUGUUACGGGCGGUUCGCCCAGGGGUCCCAGAGGUCACAUUCCACCUCCACCGACCUUACCGCCACCGGAACCACCUCUGAACGGCGUUAAUGUCAGAGAACAAGUAUCCGCUUUCAAUACGGCAAGUGCAGACGGUCAGAAUGACAUUUCCCGGGAAGAAAACAACGACGAGGUAUCAUCGACAUCGUCAGAGAAAUACGAACGCGAUGUAACAAUUCUGAACCAUUGCUUUGAUGACAUCGAGAAGUUCAUCGCACGUCUCCAGCACGCAGCUGCUGCAUCACGAGAGCUGGAACGUCGGCGACGUAACCGGAAAUCGAAAAAGAGAAACCUCGGCGACGGUAUGCUGACGAUGAGAGCGAAACCACCGCCUGAAAUGGAGUUCAUUGAUAUAUUUCAAAAAUUCAAGCUCUCAUUCAAUCUGCUAGCCAAGCUCAAGGCGCACAUCCACGAUCCCAAUGCGCCGGAACUUGUACAUUUUCUCUUCACGCCGCUCGCGCUUAUCGUAGAUGCAUCCCACGACACCAAUUACGACCCGAACUUACCGAGCAAGGUGGUGUCGCCGCUUCUCACGCGAGAAGCCGUCAAUCUAUUGAUAAACUGCGUAACCAGCAAAGAGACCGAACUCUGGCACUCGCUAGGCGACACGUGGCUGAUACCGCGCGAUCAAUGGAAGGGUCAUGUACCGCCCUAUCAUCCGAUUUUCAUGGAUGGUUGGUCACCAGAGUAUCCUAUCCCCGAGGAUAGAGACCAUGAUCACUUGGCGUCCUUGCUAAACGCAGAUAAACAGAAAAGAGACGAGUUACCGGAACAACAGAACGACCCUUACUAUAAUCACCGUGAUAUAGACGAAUCACAUUAUAGCAGCGAUUAUCUAGAGUACGAAAGUCGAGAGGAGCGCGGUGGUAAUGAGUAUUUUGAAAGAAAUUACGGGCCUAGCUCGGAGCUGUAUGGUAGAGAAGAGAGAGUGGACCAAACCAGGGCGCACAGUGACAUUUCUGUGGAUUCGAUUGAGAGAGCUCCUAGAGCGUCCGCCGGUAUAGACAGAGCGCAGGAAGCUUGGCUGGAUGAAUUGGCAGCACGCCACGCCAAGAUCGUGCAAGUCACCUAUCCGCGAACGGCAAACAACGACAAGGAGCUCACUGUGGUCAGGGGCGAAUAUUUGGAAAUCCUCGACGACAGCAGAAAAUGGUGGAAAGCGAGGAAUUCCCGGGGGCAAGUCGCUCACGUGCCGCAUACUAUCGUUACGUCGCAUAAUUCUACCGCUCAUUCUGCUGACAAUGAUGUCUUUAACAAUCCGUUGUAUACAAGCAGAUAUCCCAGGCAGGGACAUGGCUAUAACUACGAGGAUUCGGAGAUCGAAAGAACCAGCACUAGUCCAGGACCAGAAGCUACGCAUCGAGCACACGCGAUUCCACCACCAGCGCCUGCUGAUUGGGUGAGAAAAGAAAGACUCGGGAAAAAAGGUGAAUUUCGAUACUUUUAAGCUAUUUUAUGCGCUUACGGGCGUUCUGUCUUUAUUCGAAUUGGAGCAAUUUCUGAAUAUUAUUUCAGCAAAGUUGUGAAAUUAUAAGAUGCAGCUUUUUUUUAUUGUCCCUUUUAUAUAGGGUGUCUAAUAAUAAUUGCCCCAUCAGUAAUGUGCAAGUAGAGCGGAUUAAACCGAAUAGGAAAGUCCUCUACUGUUUUGCGAUCUUCGCAAUAAUUAAUGAGAAAUUAAUUUAAAAAGAUCGGCCAAUUCGCGCGAGUAUUACCGCGCGGUGAGAAAAGAUGGCUUGAUAUGGGCGGCAUUGAUAUGUGGUUGCUAGGACGCGAGAAUCCAUCGUUAUGUAUCGCUCGUACGUAACUGUUGUCAUUUAUAAAGCACUCCUCCCAAAACUUUAUCGCGCGCCUAUUUUUGGGUUGUCCUCUUCUCGCUGCGCGCUUAUACUCGCGCGAAUUGGUCAAUCUUUUUGAAUUAAUUUCUCAAUAAUUCUUAGAAAAAUCGCAAAAUGGUAAAGGACUUUCCUGCUCGGUUUAACCCGCUCUACCUGCACAUUACAGGUGAGGCGAUUAUUAUCAGACACCAUAUAAAUAAACUUCGAUUUUAGAACAACAACGAAUAUCUUUCAAAAAGAUGCUGUCUUAAUUGAUGUGGUUAGGGCAUAAAAAUCGAUAUAAUAUCAAAUUUGAUAAAGGGUUGAUAUACAUAAGAGAUAAGAAAACGCGCUUUACGUUAGUAUGUAAAUGAAUUAUAGCAUAAUUAACUGUUAGAUCAUCGUCCAUGUCACGUUUUAAUUAGUGCAUUCGUCGAAGAAUAUUGUAAUAUCUGAUGAUUUUUUCUUGAACGUGUAUAUAUAAACAGGUAUAAGUAAAUAGAAUGUAGACUGAGCCGUUCAUACUCGACUACAAGAUGGGCGUGGCAUUCUAAACUUCUCGUAUCGCGAUUAUUCUAACAUUUAGAGCGACGUACCGGUACAUUUUACUUUUUUUUACAAAAGUAUAUUGCUUUCAUUUUCUUUACGCAAUACCAUUGCAAUACCAUUGCGUCUGUUUUUGUCGUACGACCUAAAACAUUGUAAUAAACUGCACGGUUGCUAUUGAUAGAGUUAAUAAAUACAAAGAAAAUAAAUAUGAGAACUAUAAUUCACUCUAGAAAAAGAAAUAUAUGAAAAGUAAUAUAAUUUACUCUAUUAUAUUCAUAUAAUAAUUUAUAUUCUUGAAGAUAUAAAUUGAUUAUUUCAUCGAAUCUCUUUUAUCGUUAUCGUAAACAUAUCGCGCGUUAUCAUAGACGGAGAAAUUAUGAUUGGUAACAAUCAAAAUAACACUGUUUAGUAUGAAGUUUAGUAUGAAAUUAAUUAAUUGAUCAAUAAUAUGAAAUUUUUGUUAGAGUUAUCAAGUAGUAGUGAUUAUCAAUCACCAAUAUUUAAAAUAACACUAUUUAAAUUAACAAUAAGUAUAGAAAUCGGUAAUGAUCGGUGAUUAUCAAAUCCGAUAUCUAUAACGUGGUUGAGAAUUACCGGAUUAGUUUUUAAUAUUAUAUUUUGAUUAUGAAUUGUAUGAUUAUUGAAGAUUAUCAUCAUAUAUUAUAUACUCUGUAUUUAUCGAUUAACUAAAUUUAAUUAUAUAAUUUUUUACUAGUAGAAAGGAGAAAUAUAUAUGUAUGUUUGUAUACACACACACGCAUAUACAUAUAUAUGUUAUAUACGUAUUAUACUUCACAUGGAAACGCGUUACGAUACGUUAGCCCAUUGAACAUUUUCUCGUCAGAAAGUACUUACAUACAUAUAAAUAUAUACUUACAUAUAUAAAUAAAACAAUGCAAGUUAUGUCAAGUAUGAAAUUAUGUAUAAUUUCGGGUGUUCCAAAAUUUGCGAAUCAAAAUAAUCUCUUAACUUAAUUCUUCGAGAACUUUUCUGCGAUAGUAUUUUGAUUCGCGAAUUUCGAGAUACCCUGUAUAAUUUUGCUGUUCAAAUAUUAUAUACAUAUAUAAUUAUAUAUACAGGGUGUAUCUGAAAUGAUGCACUA